UAUAUGUUUAAGUGACACAUUUUCAGUUUGCUUUCUUAAAGUGACAGACCCCUGAAAUGGCUCGUUCUGGAAGGUACUGAAAAUGUCAAGAAUAAAACUGCUAAAAUGGCUUCAUGUGAGAGGGAUUCUGUGUGCAAAGAACUUCAUGAACAUGUUUACGGCAGAACUAAUAUGUCCAGAUCCACCUUGAUCCAGGUGUUUUUACACCUUUAAGCCCAGGUUAAUCAUUUAGAAACCAGUUCUUAUUAUCAGGUAGGUGUCAUGUUCUGACUCACCACACAAUUUUCCAGUUUUUUUUUUUUUUUAUGACGGGCGGAGUUUAGCAGCUCACAUGCCAACAAGAGCUUCAAGUUGAAAGCAAAAGUAAAGACAGGGCUUGACAAAAUCCCAGAAACAUGCAGUUAUUGAGUCUGACUGCUUCUCUAAUUUUACUUCUGGGAUUCAUUCAUCCUGCCGGAGCGUUGAAGUAUUUUGACCCUCCAGGGGACUUGGAGGCAUGUGGGGACGACAUGGAGGAUUCUGGUUCUGGAGACGAUCCAGACCCAGUCAUCGUGGCAAAGCCAGAAAAAGAAAGCAAGACUGUCGGAGUUCCCACGGACAGGUUGACUGAGACUUUCACCUUCAGUAGCAGCAAGAGCUUUUGGGAAAACAAAGAAAUUGCUGCAGGCUGUAUUGCGGGAGGAGUAACAGGAGCAUUUCUUGGGUUUAUUUUAUCAGCCAUACUGAUCUACAUUCGAAGGAAGAAACAAGGGGAAGGAAACAUUCUCGGCCGCAAAAAGGAUGAGAACUUUUGACGUUUUAGUUUAGCUGUCACGUCCAGGUUGGUUUUAAAGCACUGAGACACUUUCUGAUUGUAGAGCGCCUGGGGGUUGGUUCUUGCACUUAAUACUGAUCAAACUUUAGUCUAAACUAGAAAAGUAACCAAUGAUCUUGCCUAUAUUUUACAUAUAUUUAAGAUUGCUUUUUCAUGCCUAUGGUAACUAAAACUUUUUGGGCCUUGUCGUAUGAGUCACAAAGCAAAAGUAUCCCACAGAUCUACUCCUCCUAAAGUUAUCCAACAUUUUCUAACAAUUUUGACUCAUGGAAACCAAGCUCAAAGUUAUCCCAGUUGGUUUUCUGAUGCGUGCGAUCACACCGUGACUACCGACAAGGCCCUGCAGCUCACAGGAGGAGAACAAGGCAUGUUGGAAACUUCUAUGCAAUUUGUCAUCAUACUCCCAGCCGUGUGAGAUACUGGUUCAGCCAGUUUUCUUGUUUAUGUCAGUUAAGAAUGAACAUGUGCUGUUGAUUUCCUUAUCUUCUCACUAAUUUACAGGAAAAUGUAGAAUGUUCCAAGGUUAUGUAUGUAAAAUGUUAAAGAACUAUUGGUCUGGAAUAACAUGGACUUUUAUUUUGAAACCUAGUUACAAGGGACUUUACUGUGUGUGUGUUAUUAAAAGAAGAAGCA